AUGACCAUACCCUACGGACGCUGGAAUAGCCCACUCACCCCCGAACUAUUGUCAAGCAGUAGCAUAUCCCUGCACGAAGUGGUCGUCAAUGAGUCCACGGGGGCCAUCUACUGUGUGGAAUGCCACCCGACAGAGGACGGCCGCCAUGCUAUCGUCCAGCAUUGGGAUGGCGAACGUCGGGAUGUGUUGCCGAAAGAUCUUAGUGCACACGCCACGGUGCAAGAGCUCGGUGGUGGUUCCCUUGCCAUAGGACCGGACGGGCUGAUCUCGUUUUCCGACGAGGGCUCUAGCAGCAUUUACUUGCUGGAUCCUGCGUCCAGCAAACUUACUUUGGUCCUGGAAGGGGUCAAGGGUGUCCGCUAUGCGGAUUUCUGCCCUCAUCCGAUCGAUGCAGAAUGGAUGCUGGCCAUCAAGGAGGACCAUCGUGAAGCCACUCCGGAAACCCAAGCAUUUAUGGUUCAUAACUCCCUCGUGGCCAUCAACAUCAAUACUGGGGAGGAAACCACGAUUGCCCAAGGUGACGAUUUUUUCUCCCAUCCGAAGUUCGAUCCCUCGGGGAAGUAUGUCUCUUGGAUUCAGUGGUCCCAUCCGGACAUGCCAUGGACCGGAACCGUUCUCUAUGUGGCCACAUGGGAAGAUGGGUGUCUGAAAGAUUCGAGACGUGUCGCAGGAAAAGCACAGGAAGAGAGUAUCGCGCAGCCAAAAUGGGGCUUGGACGGUUCGCUCUACUUUGCGAGCGAUAGGACAGGGUUCUGGCAGCUAUAUGCAUUCAACGUCAAUAACGGCGCACAUCGUCCGUUGGCGCUGAAGGGCUUCGAAGAGGCAGACUUUGCUACAGCUGAAUGGGAACUUGGAAGCUCCACGUAUACCUCCCUUGAUGCAACGACGAUCGUCGCCACCGUCAUCACUCACGCCACGAGUCGGGUGUUGCUGAUUGACACCACCACAUCCUCUGCUCGGCAGCUAGACCUUCCCUACCUCGAUUUGGGCUCGCGUGCGAAUGGGAUUUACCGUAUUUCACCGACCAGCUUCGCCAUCGUUGGCUCGACGGCAACAUCGCCACAGGAGUUGGCUCUGGUAUCCAUUACGCCCACCGAUUCCGUUCAAAGAAGCGUGCUGGCUUCCACUGCAUCCUUCCACUUGGAUCCUGAAUAUGUCUCUCGCGCGACGGAAUUUCGUGCACCCCAAAAGUACGGCCCGCAGUGUGACGGCGACGUAUACAUGUUCUACUUCCCCCCACAGAAUCCGAAUUAUCAGUCAGACGAUCAGGGUCCUCCUCCCGCGCUGGUCUACGUUCAUGGUGGGCCCAAUGGCUGCGUCAACCCAGCUUUGAAUCUCGAAAUUCAAUACUGGACCACGCGUGGCUUUGCCGUUUGCGCUCUGAACUACACGGGCUCCACCGGAUACGGUCGCGAAUAUCGUGAACGUCUCUCGGGACACUGGGGACUCGUGGAUGUUGGCGAUGCCGUGAGCGCAGUCGACUUCCUGGUGGCAAACGGGCUGAUCGAUCAGGCGCGCGUGGGGAUUUACGGUGGUAGUGCAGGCGGCUAUUUGACUCUGCGGGCGCUGCACAUGUAUCCCGACGUUUGGGCGGCGGGGAUCAGUUCCUAUGGCAUCAGCGAUGUCCGGGCACUGCAGGCCGAUUCCUACAAGUUCGAAAGCCACGAUGUGGAUCGGAUUUUACUCAGUACAACGAAGGCUGGGGACAGAGAUGCUGAACUCACCAGACGCAGUCCGUGCCAUUUUGCGGCGCAGAUGAAGGCACCACUCCUUUUGCUGCAGGGCACGUCCGAUAUGGUUGUCCCUGUUGCACAAGCCCGGAUGAUGGCUGAUGCGAUGCACAAGUGUGGGAGGGUAGCAGAGGUGGUUGAGUUUGAGGGUGAGGGCCACGGCUGGGUUGGCCAUGAAACCAUCUAUGAGUCGUUCAAGCGGAAGGAGGAGUGGUGGAGGCGUCAUUUGACUUGA